GUCGGAACAAUGAGAUCAUAGCAGGAGCACAGAGUUAUCUGCACCACUAGAACAAUGGUCAGUUCCAAUUCUCUUCACACCACCAUUAUCUUCUUCCUCCUACUGAACUUACUACCAUCUUCUUUCUCUACCUCUUCUUCUACUGCUGGUACUACUGAUGCCACAUCUACGACCGGUGCUACGCAUCGACACCAUUUCUCCAAAAUCUAUGCCUUUGGGGACUCCUUUACUGACACUGGGAACACCCAUUCAAUAACUGGUCCAUACUCUUUUGGCCAUGUAUCAAGCCCUCCCUAUGGCAGCACCUUCUUCCACCACUCCACCAACCGCUACUCCGAUGGCCGCCUUGUGGUAGACUUCCUUGCCACUGACCUUUCCCUGCCUUUCCUACCUCCAUACCUUGUUCGGUCUUCCAACUUCUCCCAUGGCGUCAACUUCGCAGUCGCAGGGUCCACAGCAAUUGCACAUGAGUUCUUUGCCCAGAACAAUGUCACAAUGGACAUCACCCCCCAGUCCCUUAUGACACAACUCAUUUGGUUCGAGAAGUACUUGGAAGGGAAAGGGUGUAGGGGGAAGGGAUCACGCAGGUGUCAAGCGGAAAUGGAGGAUGCACUCUUUUGGGUUGGUGAGAUUGGAGCCAAUGACUAUGCUUACAGUUUCACAUCUUCUCUCUCACCUAAUCUCAUUCGGGAGCUGGCCAUCAAGAAUGUCCACAACUUUCUACAGG